AUGAGCAAACCGGCAGCCAAGUCGACCGAGGUCUUUCUCCCCAAGGUUCCUCGUGUCUGGCCUUCUGGUGACGCUGAUCAAGGGGAGGAGGGAGAUGAAGUUUACUAUCCCGUUGAAGCAAUUCAGUCAGUAUUCCGCUAUCGUACCUCCAAGGGAAGGCGCGAUUUCAUUCUCUAUGGCACCUGGUGGUAUGGAUUCUGUGAGGCCUCUUGGGAGACGCUAGAGGAUGCGGAUGAGCAUACUCAGGAGCUAAUUAAGAACGUCUGGGAGGCAAUUGGUAUACAGGGCCUGGACGACCUGCCGCCAAUGAAGGAAGUUCGCUGUCCCGAGGAGUUCGUCAUUCAAACCUCCCAGAACUCACGCCGCUUCUUCAAAGCCAAUGGUAUUGAGCCGCCCAAAGGAUCUGAUCGCCUUUACCUUUAG